CGGUUGUCCGGCGGGAGUUACCUUCGUCUGCCGGACCACGAGUCCCGUGGUGCUGCGCGGCAGGCCGCGCAGGCGCAGUGAAUCGGUGUUGGUCAGUCCCGGAGGUUGAGGCUCCGUGGCUGGGCCGAGCGGGUUCUGAGCGGGUCGUUGAGUGAUCCUGAAGCGAGGCGGAGUGGGACGGCUAGCACCAUGUCGAGGCAGUCGAACCGUGGUACCGAGAGCAAGAAAAUGAGCUCUGAGCUCUUCACCCUGACCUAUGGGGCUCUGGUCACCCAGCUUUGCAAGGACUAUGAAAAUGAUGAAGAUGUGAAUAAACAGCUGGACAAAAUGGGCUAUAACAUUGGCGUCCGACUGAUUGAAGAUUUCUUGGCAAGGUCAAAUGUCGGGAGAUGCCACGACUUUCGGGAAACUGCAGAUGUCAUCGCUAAGGUGGCGUUUAAGAUGUACUUGGGCAUCACUCCAAGCAUCACCAAUUGGAGCCCAGCGGGUGACGAAUUCUCCCUCAUUUUGGAAAAUAACCCCUUGGUGGACUUUGUGGAACUUCCUGAUAACCACUCAUCCCUUAUUUAUUCCAAUCUCUUGUGUGGGGUGUUGCGGGGAGCCUUGGAGAUGGUCCAGAUGGCUGUGGAAGCCAAGUUUGUCCAGGAUACCCUGAAAGGAGACAGUGUGACAGAAAUCCGGAUGAGGUUCAUCAGGCGGAUUGAGGACAAUCUCCCAGCUGGAGAGGAAUGACCAACCCUAGGACUUCAAGGUGGCCAGCGGGAGCACUUACUGGAUCAGAAAGCCUCAGUGCUCCUUCUGCCCUCUAGAACUCAGUGACUCCUUAACAUGGAUGUUACAUAUUCUUCUAACCUCAUUUCCAUUCUCCAUGCUAAUGAAGAGCAGAUUGUGAUAUAGUCCAUUUACUCCACAAGUGUGUACCUUCAGAUGGAAAAUUCUUUGUUCCCUUUCCCUUCAAAGGGCUGGAUGUGAUCGUCCUUGGUUGGACUAGAAAGAGUUCAAACCAUUUUACAUUUCUGAUCGAAUUUUCCAAAGCAAAAUCCACUUUGACCCCAUUAAGAGACCUGGCACUUCUACCCUUGGGCCUCCAGAAAGCCAUUGGCAAAUGGCUAUAGGGAACCCAGGGUUGUGGGAUGGAGGGAGGAAAGGCUAGGAGCGGGGUGGGAAGGAAUUGCUAGCUGUGGUGUGACACACUGCAGUGCUUGCCCGGAAAGGGGAGCCCGUCAUGCCGGAAACACCGGCUUCUGGGAAGCCACCCAGGUCUCAUUCCUUCCUGCUGUUUGGAGGAAACAUCUCCUCUUUAUACAGAGGGUCCAUCCUUUUUUCUUACAAACUCUUCAAUAAAAACAUUCUUGAGUGAAAUCUCAAUCA